AUGAGCGAGCAGUCACGCACUCACUCUGAUGAGCCACCGACGCGCAAGCGGCCGCGAACCGACUCGGAGUCCAGCGCUGCCAGCGUGGGCUCGGAUUCGUCGAAGGAGCCCUUCAGCCGAGACGGAAGGUUCUGGUACGAGGACGGAAACAUCGUAGUCAUCGCGGGGAACGUUGGAUUUCGCGUCUACAAAGGCCUGCUCUCCGCGCACUCCGACGUCUUCCGCGACAUGUUCAGCCUUCCUCAACCGGGUCCGGACCCAGUGGGCGACUGUCCCGUAGUCCAUGUCACAGAUACGGCAGCGGAGCUUCGUUCACUGCUAUCGGUACUUCUUCCUACGCAGUUCCUACCAGAACAUCGCUUCUCUACUUUCGAAGAUCUCGCUAAUUGCACUCGACUCGCGCACAAGUAUGGCAUGAAGCAGCUCCUUGAAGAUUCUCUGAAAGGGCUCGAAUACUACUUCCCAUCUACACUGGCUUCGUGGGACCGCCGAAAUAAGCUCGCCAUUGACACGCAAGCUAUCGUGGGGGUCAACGUUGCACGUCUCACAAACACGCUGUCAUUGCUUCCCGCCGCCCUCUACCUCUGCUGCCAGUUAACUGCCGAGGAGCUCAUAGAGGGGCAUCCUCACUCAGACAACACCGAAGAUACUCUGAGCCCAGAAGACCUGAGGCUGUGUCUCAACAAGAGGGCUGAGCUCUGCACUCUGUUUAUGACCAGUACACUCAGAGACACAUUCAGUCCUAUCGGCGAAGAUGGCGAAUGUUCGACAAACUCGCGUUGCAACAACUCUAUCCACUCCAUUCUGUCAGCUCAUGUUACCCUCACCUGCAGCGGGUACAGCAAUGCCCUAUACUCAUCGUUCAAAUCCUUACGCAACUAUUUCUACAAGGCGACGCCAAAACCCGCGUACCCCCUUUGUUCGUCAUGCAUCAAAAUAUUGGUAGAAAGAGAGGGGAAUAGGCGCAAGCAAAUCUGGGCGGAACUUCCGAAGUUGUUUGGGUUGGAGACUGAUGAGAAGGAGCGGGAGGAGUAG